GGGGGGGCUUGGCUCCCAGUUUUGUAAGAAACUACGUUGCAAGCGGAUCACACCUUAAUUACUCGAAACCGCUGAAUUCCGUUUGUCGACGUUCGCGAACGAACGAUUUUUUUUUUGUGAAAUAAUUUCAUUUUAACGAUUUGAACAAUGGCACUGGUGCCUAGCAGCUACUGGCGCGACUGGUGGGACGAUUUUGAGCGCCCGGGGAAGGUCCUGGACAAAUAUUUCGAGCGCAACGUCACUCACGCCGAGGUCCUGGAGACCCUGCGGUGGCCGACAUUCAGGUCGUUCUUUCGGCCCUGGGGACGCUCCCUCAACGCCAGUCUCAGUGAGCUCGACAAAAUCGAGAAUGACGCAGACAAGUUCAAGGUCAUCCUCGAUGUCAGGCGAUUUUAUCCGCACGAGAUUCUGGUGAAGACGCUGGACAACUCCAUCAUCGUCGAGGCGAAGCACGAGGACAAGGAGGAUCCCUUCGGCUACGUCUCCAGGAGGUUCCACCGUCGGUACGAUCUACCCAAGGGUCACGACAUUCGCCGGGUCACCUCGACCCUCUCCACCGACGGUAUUCUGACCAUCAACGCACCCAAAGUCGUUCCACCACCUGGAGAGAGAAUCGUUCCAGUCGAUCGCACCUACUUCCCAGCACUCAAGAGCCCGAGAUUACUGCGAUAAUUUAUUUUGAUUUGUUUUUGCGACACCGAGGACAUGUUCUGUUGUUUUGUUUUUGAUUAUUUAUUGAUUUUAUGAACGAUAACGAGGUUCAAACCUUUCGGAUUCGACGCCAAAUUUGAAAUUGCUAGUCCACCUCUGACUGUUGUUAGACUGUUUAAGUGUAGGUUUUUUACUGGUUCUUUGGAUAGUAAGUUAACUUUCGACUCGUUAUCGAAUUCCAUGUUAUUGGUAUUAGCAGAAAUCAUUAGGGUUUUAGUGGUAGGAUUAAUGAUCUGGUAGAUGUUUUAAUUGUUGACCUGCGAUAAAUGUACCACCGUUGUUCAAAUUUUAAUAAUUGCUCUUUAGAGAAUUAAUAAAUCUGUUGUUACUAAU